AUGGCUACUAAUAAUUCAGUUGCUGCUAAACGCUUGAUAAUCAUUGUGCAGAUUAUCCUAGCCGUUUUCUUAACCUUUUCUGCGAAUUCAGAAGCACGGCUUAUGUUACAUAAUAGAAGAAGCAGCUUGGCUCUUUUUCAUAAGUUAGGGUUUAAGUUGCCUGUUCACGAUACAGGAGCAGCAAAGAGACUUGUGCCAUCCGGACCCAAUCCAGAAACGAGUCCAGGAACACCGCCUCCAGGCGCUGAAACGAAGAGACUCGUCCCAUCCGGACCCAAUCCAGAGACUAGUCCAGGAACACCGCCUCCAGGUGCUGAAGCGAAGAGACUCGUCCCAUCCGGACCCAAUCCAGAGACUAGUCCAGGAACACCGCCACCAGGUGCUGAAGCGAAAAGACUCGUCCCAUCCGGACCUAAUCCAGAGACUAGUCCAGGAACACCGCCUCCAGGUGCUAGUGAAGUGAAGAGACUCGUCCCAUCCGGACCCAAUCCAGAGACUAGUCCAGGAACACCGCCUCCAGGUGUUGGUGGAGUGAAGAGACUCGUCCCAUCCGGACCCAAUCCAGAGACUAGUCCAGGAACACCGCCUCCAAGUUCUGGUGAAGUGAAGAGACUCGUUCCAUCCGGACCCAAUCCAGAGACUAGUCCAGGAACACCGCCGCCAGGAGUGCUAAGUGCAACUCGUUUGGGCUAG